AUGGGAUUCGCUGAACAGAGAUUUACAACAGCCGUAGACGAGGAGUUCCGGUGCCCUAUAUGUCGGGAUAUCGUCGAAGAGCCCAUCACUUCCCAGUGUCAGCAUGUCUUCUGUAAGGCGUGUAUUCACGAGUGGCUGUCCAGAGAGCCCUCGUGUCCCGUCAGCCGCCAACCCCUUAAAAAAUUCAAGCUCUUAUUGGUUGGCGACAAAGGGGUAGGAAAAUCAAGUCUUUUGUUGCGUUUCAUUGGCGACACAUUUCUCGACUCAUUGAAGAAGACGAUAAUCAAUGGCUACAGGAGUCGGACCAUUGAGUUUGACGAUCGGAUCAUCGAUUUGGAGAUUUGGGAGAACUGUCGACAGUUUAACACGAGUACAGACUUUGGAGAAGUGGAUGGGAUUAUGUUUAUAUACGAUGUGACCAAAUGGCGGACAUUCAAGCAUUUGAAUGAUUUCAUCAAAGAUAUGAAACGCAAGACUAGGACUGAUGUCAAGAGACUACUGGUCGGCAAUAAAUGCGAUGACAUUGAAGCCAAACGGGUUGACUACUUGAGUGCACUCGAGUUCUCCCGAUUCUGUGGAAUCCCAUUCAUCGAGACGUCUGCAAAGACUGGUAAUGAUGUGGAGGAAGCCUUUUCGUCGAUACCCAGACAACUGGCUUUGGCCUCAUAUGCAUUGAUCCGGGAUAUCACUGAUACAGCCAUGGGCUCCGAGUUUGGGUUCAAACAGUGCGGCAUAUGCUGUGUUUGA